GUGGGGGCGUGGCUUCCGGCGCUCCUUGCUUGCAAGUAGCCGCGGCUUAGAGCGCAGGCGGCAGCUGACAGGCGCUUUUCUUCAGACGGCUGCGGCUGGAGCCCAGCGAGGCGGGCGGCCUCCAGCUCGCGUCCCCGUGUCCCGGCCCGCGAAGUUCCAGGGCGCCGGGGCAUGGAAGAGGGGAAGAUGGACGAGAAUGAAUGGGGUUACCACGGCGAAGGCAACAAGAGCCUUGUGGUGGCCCACGCGCAGCGAUGUGUAGUUCUGCGUUUCCUGAAGUUUCCUCCAAAUAAGAAGAAGACCUCAGAAGAGAUACUUGAGCAUCUGCAGAACAUAGUUGACUUUGGCAAAAAUGUCAUGAAAGACUUUUUGGGGGAGAACUAUGUUCAUUGUGGGGAAGUUGUUCAGCUGCCUUUAGAGUUUGUGAAACAACUGUGUUUAAAAAUACAGUGUGAAAGACCAGAGUCUCGUUGUGACAAGGACCUGGACACACUCAGUGGUUAUGCUAUGUGCCUUCCCAAUUUAACCAGACUUCAGACCUACCACUUUGCAGAGCACCGGCCGAUUCUGUGUGUAGAGAUUAAGCCAAAAUGUGGGUUUAUUCCUUUCUCUAAUGAUGUGACCCACGAGAUGAAACACAAGGUGUGCCGAUACUGCAUGCACCAGCACCUCAAGGUAGCAACUGGAAAGUGGAAGAAAAUAAGUAAAUACUGUCCCCUUGACCUCUACUCAGGAAACAAGCAGCGCAUGCACUUUGCCUUGAAGAGUCUGCUGCAGGAGGCGCAGAACAAUCUGAGGAUAUUUAAGAAUGGCGAGCUGAUCUACGGUUGCGGUGAUGCCCUGAGCCCUGUGGCUGACUUGAAAGAGCUUGCGCACCACCUGAAGCCCUUCUUCUUCCCUUCCAAUGGCCUGGCCAGUGGGCCUCACUGCACGAGGGCUGUGAUCCGGGAGCUGGUGCAUGUUAUCACCAGGGUGCUGCUGAGCAGCUCAGACAAAGGCCGAGCAGGUGCCCUGAGGCUUGGGCUCCAGGGCCCACGGGUCUGUGAAGCCAGCCCAUUCAGCAGGAACCUACAUCACCAAGGAAAAAACACCCCAGAGCACUCGGGGUUACCGAAGGGCUGUCUUCUGUACAAAACCCUCCAGGUGCAGAUGUUGGACCAGCUGGACAUUGAAGGCCUCUACCCUCUAUACAACCGGGUUGAGCGCUACCUGGAGGAGUUUCCUGAGGAGAGGAAAACAUUACAGAUAGAUGGGCCUUAUGAUGAAGUAUUCUACCAGAAGCUGCUUGAUUUGUCUACCGAGGAUGAUGGGACAGUGGCCUUUGCAUUAAGGAAGGUGCAGCAGUACCGAGUAGCCAUGACUGCCAAGGACUGCUCCAUCAUGAUCGCACUCUCCCCUUAUUUACAAGGCACAAGCUCUGACCAGAGACCUGUUAUCCCUUCAUCAAGGUCCCGGCUGGCCUUCUCUGUGUCUGUACUGGACCUCGACCUCAAGCCCUACGAGAGCAUUCCUCACCAAUAUAAACUAGACAGCAAGAUAGUCAACUAUUACUCAAAGACUGUGCAUGCCAAAGACGACACUGUCAGGUCAACUCGGUUCAAGGAACAUGAAGAUUGCACAUUAGUUCUCCACAAGGUCUAACUUACCCCUGCGGUGUCUUUGAAACUUGAAUGUGAACGUUGAAUGACAGAGCUAUUUUCGGUUGUGUUGGGUGACUUGGCUGUGAAUGUUUUUGCUUUUAACCCUUGCUGAGGUUAGACUGCUCUCAGAGACAAGGAAUUGAAGAGCACUAGAAUCUUCUAGGACAAGGAAUGUAGGACGUGAGUGCUGUGUCCCAGCAAGCCAUCUGUUUUCUAGAGUGGAAGUGUCCGUUAAGACCCAGGAAAACAUCCCGGGUAGUUCUUCCAAGCAGAACUCACGUCUAAUUCUCUAAUGCAAAAGCCUUAUUAUUAAGACCCAAGGUUUGGAUCUCCUCCCACCAGACUCUUAACAUAGAGAACUUGAAUUGUUCUGAGUAUCUUACAGUUUGGAUUUUCAAGAAAACAUGGAUACUACUGGAACUUUCCCAGCUGUUAACUGGUCACCUUUUCAAUGCAAGUCAUACAUCAACACAGGUGUUGGGUGGUUCCCUGCUGCAGAGCGGUCAGGGUAGUGUGGACAUUGGUUCUGAGUGGUCUAGACUCAGGUCCCUGUGGAGGUACUGAAGCCCAUGGCUUUGUAAGGGGCAACAGCAGGGAACACAAGACUCAGGUCAGGAUGGACACCACUCGCAUGAGCCUUGCUUUUUUUUUUUUUUUUUUUUUUUUAAAUUUUUCUUUAAUGAUUUUAACUCUAGGGGAAGCUGAGGCGUUUUUUCCUACCUGAAAUUGCUGCUGCUGUAGAGACUGGAAGCAGAGCUGUAACUCAGAGCUGCUGUGGUCAGCUGGGUGGGUGUGCCUGACAGCCCGGAGUUUUCCUGGCACUCUGGUGUCUCAGAUGGUUGAGGAACAAGGUUCCCUUCCUCCUGAGCCACAUUCAUCCCUGGGGAUAGCUCUGGGGCAUGUUGGGUAUGUGGGUCUAGGGCCUUGCUGUUUUCAUCAGGGCUAUGGAAGGCUCCUAGCUGGCACUUGAGGAUUCUUAUUGGGGUCACCAAAAGUGUGCCUGGCUGCUAUGAAAUCAUUGGGAGUUUUGGCUUCAUUUUUUUAUCCUAUGGUAGGCUGUACAGACUGAUUAUUUAUAUCAUCCUUUCAAGAGACUAAUGAAGGCUUAUUGUAACAUAGUAAAAACCAUGGAACUGUAUGAAAAUGCUACAUGAAAAAUGAAGAAAAUAUUUUGCUGAUUGUAAACUUUUGUGGGAAAUUUUGUGAUAAUUUGAAAAUUAUACUUGUUUGAAUCAAGCAACCUCCUAUAGAAUUUGUUAAAUUCUGCCCUAAUAUUUAACUAUUUUGAACACUCAGGUAAAAGACACUUGUACAUUUGGA